CACACUGCGGCGAGGAGUCUCCGAGUCGCCCUCUGCCAUGGACUGGGCUCCAUCCCUGCUUCUCUUCUGCGCUCUCUCCGUCUCCUUCGCGUGGGCUGCUACCACCAAACCCAAGGACCAAAGCAAGGGAGCAAAAGGAAAGAGGAAAGGAGUGGCUAGGGAUGAGGUGCAGCUGCCGGAGGCCCAGACACCUGGCCCCGACCCCGUGCUGAAGAGGAGCUCCAUGAUCUCAGCAGCAGACAGCUCCUACACCCUGCUGGAGGAUUACGAACAGAGCAUCCAGGAGAUGGUGAGCCAGCUGCGGAACAGCUCGGAGCCAGCCAACAGCAAGUGUCAGGUCAACCUGAGGCUCUGGAGGUCCAAUAAGAGGAGUCUGUCUCCGUGGGCCUACAGUAUAAACCACGAUGCAACGCGGAUCCCAGCAGACAUCCCAGAGGCGCAGUGCCUCUGCACCGGCUGCAUCAACCCCUUCACCAUGCAGGAGGACCGCACCAUCGUCAGCAUCCCUAUCUACAGCAAGCUGCCUGUCCGCCGGCUCCUGUGCCACCCCCCUGAGGGCUCAGGAGCCAAGACCCGCAGGAAGAAGAAGAGGUGCCACAAGGAGUACAAGAUGGUCAUGGAGACCAUUGCCGUGGGCUGCACCUGCAUCUUCUGAGGACAAGAGAGUCCUCUCACCCUCACUCCAUGCUGGCAGCACCAAACCCCCGGCCUCUGUGUAUGGACACCAGCUCUCGUCUGACCAGCCUCCUCCUCUGGAUCCAUUUGGCAAGGGCCCCAGCCAGUGCCCACCAAGCCUCUCCCGCACGGAGGGGUGGUCAAGGCACAAGCACAGUGUAUGGGGUGGUGGGGAAUCUGAAGCAAGGAGGCAGCUGCUUAGAUUAGAGAUGGUUUGCUCCUUUGCACCCACAUAUCCCUAGCUGGCCUCCAGCAUGAGCAACUGCUGCAGGGCCCUGCUCUUUGGGGUACCCCGUGUGCCGUGCCAGCUCUGCAGCUUGCAGCAGGGCCCUGGAAGGAAAGCCAUUCCGCAACCCCCUCGCCCCAAGCUAGCUCCUCAAGCAGGAGAAUGGGGGUGGGGGCAGGGGGAAGAUAGGG